AUGUCGCUUCUGCUUAGCGAGGCUUCUGGUAUUCCCACAAUUCUCGAACUUAUCGAUACCCUUGAGCAUAGUCCUCUUAGCGUAUACUCUUUCAUCGCUGCACAGGCCAUCGCCUUGCUCACAACAAGUUAUAACAACCUAGAAGGUUGGGGCGACCCUUUGAACGCAGACCCGUCUACAGGCUUCUUCUGCUGGCGGACGAAAUCAAACAGCCCCUGGGCCUGGGGAGGCUACAAUGUAUGGUUUCCGAAUGUAUCCGCCGCCAAUUUGGCCAUGCAUCUGUGGGCGUUCAAGGUAGUUUGCUUGACUGAGAUUCAAAAGCUCCAGUCCAGGUUUCCCGGUAUACCUUGUGACUGGCCAGUCCCAGCAGGAUGUGAGUUACGAUAUUGGCUUAGGGAUACCUGCAUUGAGCUUGGUGUGAAAAUUGUUCAAAGCGCCAAUUAUCUGCUCCAAGACCGCCUAGCACUCUUUGGACCACUUUCAAUUUCAUUUCCCCUCACCACGGCUUGUCAGACCUUUGAGAUGGAUGGGGAUCGCAGUGUGGAACUACGGAAACUGACUCAUGAUAUACUGAAAAGGAGUCUCUUGCAGAGGCAUAAGAGCUCAUGA